UUUUCUGCGACCACGGCGCUUGUUUGUCUGUUUGUCUCCUUUCAAUGAAACGUUAAUCGGAAAACUAAAUUUUUUGACCAUUAAGAUGCCUCUGCCUCCAGCUUUACUUGCACGUCUUGCUAAAAGAGGCAUCGUGAAACACUCUGACCACGAUGCCGAGGAAGAGAUCAUCGCUGAAGACUAUGACGAUAAUAACGUGGACUACGAGGCUACAAGGAUUGAGAAUUUACCAACCAAUUGGUACAAAGUUUUUGAUCCAGCAUGUGGUCUUCCAUACUACUGGAAUGUAGAAACAGAUUUGGUGAGCUGGUUGUCCCCUAAUGACCCCGCUGCUGUCAUCACCAAAGGAACUAAGAAACAGAAAAGUGAGACUGGGCACGAGAAAGCGGACAACCACCACGAGAAGCCUGAAAGAGAAAGGGAGAGAGACCGAGAAAGAGAGAGGGACCGUAUUCGAGACAGAGACCGUGAAGACGGACGGGACAGAGAUCGAGACCGGGACAGAGACAGGGAUCGAGACAGAGAUCGUGAUAGACGUACGCGGAGAGAAGACAGUGCACCGUACAGUAAAACCCAAAGAGGAGGAAGUCGGAAGCAGCAGGAGGAAAUGGAUCCAAUGGAUCCCAGUGCUUAUUCGGAUGCUCCAAGGGGUUCAUGGUCCACUGGCCUCCCCAAACGCAACGAGGCAAAGACAGGGGCAGACACCACAGCAGCUGGACCCUUGUUCCAGCAGAGACCGUACCCCAGUCCUGGAGCGGUUCUCAGAGCAAACGCCGAAAAUAUCAGACGUCUGGAGGAAGAAGACGAUGAUGACGACGAUGAUUGAACAGGAAGAGUGUCUUAGGUCUUUAGUAUGUACAUUAACUGUUAAUGAAUGCUUUAGUGAUGUUUUUUUAAUAAACUCCAGACAUAGGUUCAUUUGUAAAUAGCCCAUGUGAUGUUAUCCAUUUUAAAACAAAAGAUUUGUGAACAUGUCAUACAAUGCUUAAUAAACAUGUUGUGUGUA